CGAUAAGCGCAACUAAAUCUAGGAAUUUUUCUAGAAUCAACACUGCAUCGCGACAUUAGGCACAGCUACCAACUGCACGCGCAACGUGCAUCACCUGUCGCAAACAUGGAGCAAUCUCAAGACUUCAAAUCGCUUCAGGAAAGUGUCCAGAAGUCACUUAUUUCCACAAUCAAGACUGUGAACCGAAUCGCCGCCGAAGACCUAAGUUUCCAGCGUACAGUCAACCCUAGCGUCGGCCAACUACUCGAAGAUCGAACUUCGCGGAUCCUCGAACUCUCUACACAACUUCUCCUGACUGCCGGUAAGGCAUGUGGUGUCAAGGCGCCCAAGCUUGAAGAUGUGGAAGACAUCGAGAUGAAAUGGAGGGGCGUCGUCGAUGUUGUCGAUUCAUCACUCGAGAAGGCCGACACAGCCUUGGAUGAGUACACAGGGCUUGUCAAGAGAAAGGAGCCACCCUUACCUGAUCCUGUAUGUCAAAUAUACUUUUUUUUUUUUUUUUUUGGAGUACUACAGCUAAUUCACACAGGCGAACAAGUCCAAGAAGCCCAAGUCCACGAACAAGGUUAUCCGAAAUGCCAAUAUGACCAAGCCUCAACUCCUUUUCGAACGAAAGCCCGACAACUUUGCUCCUGCUCCAUGGAAACCGAUGCUUACGUCGAAACCAAAUGCCAAGUUGUCUUUAGAGGAAAGCCUCAACGUCGUCCCUAAUGAAGCUGGCACACCACAAUACCAACACCCCUAUGAACACGAAAUUGUCCGUAUGUCAUAUCCGAAACGAGUCUUCAAGGAAUCCGAACCCAUCAUGUACCAGCCGGUCGAAACAACCGAGGCGACUUUUGUCGACACAUACGAGGGCGUUCUGGAGAUGCUGGAGGAACUGAAGGGUGCCAAGGAGAUUGCGAUAGAUCUGGAACACCACGAUUUUAGGUCCUAUGUUGGACUUGUGUCGCUCAUGCAAAUCAGCACGCGAGAGAAGGACUGGAUCGUAGAUACUCUACAACCCUGGCGCCAUAAACUUGAGGUUCUGAACCAAGUUUUCACCGAUCCCAAUGUGGUCAAGGUCUUCCAUGGUGCAUACAUGGACAUGGUUUGGCUUCAGCGAGAUUUGGGACUGUAUGUGAAUGGUCUCUUCGAUACCUUCUUUGCGUGCGAGCAACUCCACUAUCCAGCCAAGAGCUUAGCCUACCUGUUGUCUAAGUUCGUCGACUUUGAUGCAGACAAGCAGUAUCAAUUGGCCGACUGGAGGAUACGGCCACUGCCCGAGGAGAUGAUGUACUAUGCUCGGUCCGACACCCACUACUUGCUCUACAUCUACGAUCGGGUACGAAACGAGCUUGUUGCUGCCUCGGAUAGAGGUGAUGUUGAUAAAGACUACAUUGGCCGGGCUGUGGAGAAAUCAAAGGAACAGUCACUUUCCCGCUACGAACAUCCCGGUUACGAUGAAGAGACUGGUGAAGGCUCUCGUGGCUGGUAUGGGUAUAUCUUUAAGAACUCGCACUUAGCAUUCGAUAGCGAACAAUUUGCUGUCUUCAGAGCCUUGUGGAAGUGGAGAGAUAACACUGCCAGGAAAGAGGACGAGAGUACCAACUACGUUCUUAGCACCAGGGAUAUCACAGAGAUCGCCCGAAUCAACCCGCCUGACGCAAAGGCCUUACACAGCUUGUUACCCCUGAAUGCGUCUCUAGCACGACCGCGUUUCAACGAGAUCUGGGAACAAAUUAAAGAGACCAAGGCAAAGGGUGGACUCAGCUUGCUUCACUUCUUUACCUCGAUGGCACCGGAUAGCGUGAGAAAGAAUGGCAUGCCUAUUGCAGCUAGGAAAACUACAAAGUUACCGGACCUUGAUGGAGAGGUCACGGUCAGUAGGCUGACUCGGUCGCAGUUAUUUGGCGAUAUGCCGAUCAGCUCUAAAUGGGAUCCUUCAACGCGACCAACCGAAACUGAGGAGGAACUUAUUCCGUUCCCUUGGCAGAGAUUCAUACAACAAGGCUCGAUUAAAGGAGACGUUCAACACGAUACAGCCGCCGAAGAGGUCAAUGUCUCUGAGCAGACAGAUACUGUGGAGAGUGCAGUUGGCAAUGCUGAGGUUGAAGAGGCUGACGAAGAGUUUACGUUGAGGAGGGGUCAGAAGCGAAAGUCGCAAGCGAUUGAAGAAUCCGAGCCAAGUGAAGAGGACACGGAUCCAUCACAAUAUGAUAGUGAUGAGGAGAUGCAAGAGGGUGGUGGAGUCAUCGCUGUCGAAGAUGAACCCUCCCAAAAAGCGUCCAGGAGUGCUCGCCGCAAGCUUCGCAAGGCAGAGGAGAAGAAGGCUGAAGAAGAGCGACUCCGACGACAAGAAGUGAAGAAGGUUCGCAAAGCUCAGAAGAAGCAGAAGAAACAGGACGACAAGACCAAGAAGUUUGACGCAGUGCCUUUCGACUAUAGCAAGGCUACAUCGGUGCUCCAUUCAAACAGGGAAUCUAAUGGUGGACAGGCAGACGGAAAGGGCAAGAAGAAGGUUUUCGACCCCUACUCGAAGUCUGCGGACACGGACAUCAAGGGAGCACGCAAAGCGCCCCCAGUGAGAGGAGAGCGAAGUGCAACAUUCAAGAAUUAACUUCAGGGUGUCGGAUGCCGGGUAACCAUGGCGAAAUCAGGAGUUUUGGGUCCUAGACUACGGCAUAGGGAGGCUCGGCUUUUAGUCAGUAGCUUAAUAAUUAUGCCUUCAUUCGCUGCUGUUUAAAAUUUUCAUUCUGGGAUUGCUAUUCUCCCUCAGCUGAACUUUUGUACAGCCAUGUCGACCAUUCCGCAACUUGAUAAAGCUAACUAUUUUCGACGUCUACAAGUUGGUGAGUACGCAUAUACUAGGAUUUUCCUGAUAAAUCUACUUUAGUACAGCUUAUAUAUUAAACACAUG